AUGCCCAUGAACAAAUUUAAUGUAAUAAAUUUGAUAUCUUUAAUUUAUUCGUUACAAAUAAUUCCAGCCGACUCACAAAUAUAUAAAAUGUAUGAAAUCGAUUUGCGAAGUUUUGGAUCAACAAAAUAUGAUUUUUUUAUCAAAAAUUUUGUCUCAUCAGAUGGUAAUAAUAAAUUUAUAACUGAAGUUCAAUCACCGCGAUCUAAUAUCACAGGAUUUGUUUGUAUUCAUGCCAGUUCAACAACCACUGAUUAUAUUAAAAACUUAUAUUGUUUUUAUGGAAAUUUUACCAACACUGAUCAGAUAUUUUACCAAUUUUAUUUUAAUACAAUUCUAGGACAAAACAAUAUUCUUAACAUACAAAUCCCUACAAUACUAUUAAAUAAUGCACUAGAAUCUCAGUAUGAUAUUAUAGUCAAAAAAAUUUCCGAUAAUAGGAGCGAUAUAAAUUCAAACAUAAAAAGUAUUUUUGUAGAAUUUGUAGUGUCUAAUAAGGCUAAAAUAAUUUCGUUGUCUAUUCAACUUCUCAAUGAUUUAAUAAACAAUCCUGUAUCAAAGAUUAUUCAUUCUUUAGAAAACAAAGAUUAUAUUUUAGCUUUUUUUGAAAGAGAUUAUAAUAAGAUAAUUAAUUUCUUAGAAGAAUUUAUUUCGUUAUUACAAGAAGAUAAUUCAUUUAUACGCUAUGAUUUAUUAUUAUUUUUGAUAAAUUUUACAAAAAAUAAUUUAAGUAAUUUUUGGAAAAAUGAACUUAGGCUCUCCGGUAUGAAUUUUGAUAGUUUUAAAGAUAUUCACUUGUUGAAUUGCCUUUAUUCAGAUAUAAGUAACUUAUUUUGUUUAAUUGAGGAUCCAAAUUGCAAAUUUGAACUUUUUGAUUACGAUCAAAAUUGUGGAUUGAUUUUUGGUCAUCUUUAUAUUACCGUUGCAAUUUACUUCCAAGAAGAUAUAGAAGAAAAAAAUUUAGAGUGCUUUGCUUACGACAUGAAUAAAAACGAACUAAACUUUAAACAUGUGAUUGAUAUAAAUAAGAGAUUUAUUUUUUUUAUGUUUGAACCACUUUAUUUGAAAGAAUCUAAUAUUACACAAAUAGAUUGCAUAGUUCAAACCCCCAAAAAACACUAUGAAUCGCUUAAUAUUAAUUUAAUUAAUUACUUAUAA